AUGGAUCUAGUAUCACUUCAUAGGCAAAGGAGUAAGGUAUUUCAUCUGAAAAUGAAAACCAUAAUUCUUUUUGGGCUGCUGGGAGCCACACUAUCAGCCCCGAUUAUCCCACAGCGCCUUUUGUCUGCAAGCCACAGCAAUGAGCUACUGCUGAGUCUUAAUAAUGCUCAACUUCAGCCACUACAGCUUCAGAGCCCCUUUAAUGCAUGGAUUCCUUCUUUCUCUGGGAUUCUACCGCAGCAGCAAGCUCAAAUUCCGGGACUCUCCCCAUUCUCCUUAGCAACUCUAGACCCGGUUGCUAGACUGUUCCCAAAUCAGAGAACUUCCCCAGGACAGGUCAGCUUUGCCCAAGGAAACCAGGUGGGACAACUGGACCCGUCACAGCCUCAAGCACCAGUGCAGACCCAACAGGGCCCUAAUAAUGCAAUGCCCUAUGUGUUCUCCUUUAAAAUGCCUCAAGAGCAAACCCAGAUGCUUCAAUACUAUCCGGUUUACAUGCUCCUUCCCUGGGAACCUCAGCAAACAGCCCCAGGGUCACCUCCACAAGCAGGACAGCAGCAAUUUGAGGAGCAGAUGCCAUUCUAUACUCAAUUUGGAUAUAUCCCACAACAAGUCGAACCUGUUAUACCAGGAGGGCAGCAGCAGCUAGCCUUUGAUGCUGUCAUAGGCACAGCUCCUGAAACGGCUGCAAUGCCAGCAGGAGGAGUGGUGCCAUAUUUACAAAAAAAAUUGAUAAACUUUAAGCAUGCCAGUGGAGGAAUUACCAUUCCUUCAACUUCACAAAAACCCAGCACAACAAAUGCUUUUGCUUCUGCCAUAGACCCAACUAUUACCCCAGAGCUCAUGGAAGAGAAGGCCAAGACUGGUAGCCUAAAGGAACCAUAA